AUGGAGGUGAAGCGCAGGACAGCGCGUUUGCUAGUCAAAAAACUAGGUUCUGUAUCUGAGCUAACACGGUCAGAAGCCUUAGCUGAAAUUCGCUUAAUGACCAAAAACGACGCCGAAUCACGUCCGAUAUUCGCGGAAGCUGGUGCGAUCCCGUAUCUAGCUGAAACCCUAUACUCUUCUUGUCACGACUCACAGGAUAACGCAGCUGCAACUCUUUUGAACCUAUCUAUAUCUUCACGCGCCCCCUUGAUGUCUACGCGCGGUCUUCUUGAUGCAAUCUCUCAUGUCCUCGGCCAUCAUGCGACCGAUUCUUCACCCUUCGCUGUCCAAUCAUCUGCUGCAACUUUGUACAGCCUUCUUGUUGACGAUUCUUACCGACCCAUUAUUGGGAGUAAGCGUGAUAUAGUUUAUUCGUUGAUUGAAAUAAUCAAGAGGCAUAAUUCGCCGCCGAGGUCUAUAAAAGAUGCGCUGAAAGCCCUUUUUGGGAUUGCUUUGUUUCCGUUGAAUCGGGCGAGUUUGAUUGAUUUAGGGGCGACGGCGGCAUUGUUUUCGUUGGUUUUGAAGGAUGGGAGAGUGGGGGUUGUGGAGGAUGCGACGGCGGUGAUUGCACAAAUAGCAGGUUGUGAGGAGAGUGAGAGAGAAUUUUGGAAGGUUUCGGGGGUUAGGGUUUUGGUGGAUUUGUUGGAUGUUGGGACGGGUUCGAGCUCGAGGAUUAAGGAGAAUGCGGUGGGGGCGUUGUUGAAUUUGGUGAGGUGUGGAGGGGGAGGAGUGGUGAAGGAAGUGAAGGAAAUUGGGGCGGGCGCGGUGGAGGGGAUUAGGGAUGUGGUGGAGAAUGGGACCGCGAAAGGUAAGAGCAAAGGACUUGCAUUGUUGAAAGUUGUUGAGGGUGGAGCAAAGGAAUGGGUUUGA